AUGCUGGGAUUCCUGCUGCAGGGCCCUCCAGGGAGGCUGUGCAUGGGCCUCACAUGUGUCCUGUCCCUUUGGAACACAGUGUCCAGCCUUAAAGGAGAAAUCAAGAGAGAGAAGGGAAUGACCUUCCUACCUGCAACAGUGUCCAGCAUGCGAAGGGAAGAGAGGAAAGAAAAAGAGGUGGCAAUCCUUGCAACCACAGAGCUCCCUGCAAGGUCAGUUGAUUUGUCUGCACUGAACCUCACAGAACUCGUGAAUGGGAUGCUGAGCAGGGCUUUGAAAGAGAGCAAGCAGUUCUUCUCCCUGCUGAGCAUCACUUCCUAUAGUUCGUUCGCAUUCCACAAGCUGUCGGUGGCCAUUUACAACAUUUCUAACCUGAAGGUGGUGGACUCAGCCAAAUUCCCUGCAAGGCACUGCUACUGCUUAAAUAAUCAGACCAAUGACCUGUCAGAUUUCACGGCACUCCUGGUGGAUAUCAUUGGAAAUUCUACCAGCUACCUCACGGAAAUUUUUAAGUCAACCUCCAUCCUCUCAGUGAGUCAAACCAAUGAAUCUGACUGCAUCUUCAUCUGCGUGAUGACAGGAAAGUCAGGCAGGAACCUUUCUGACUUCUGGGAGCUGGCAGAGAAAUCCCCUGUCAUCAACUACACAUUUACCAGCAGCAUGACUGGUGUUCUAGGCACAGCUACCAGAGGAACAGCUGGGGCAUCAAAGCCCACAACCAAAAGCCAGCAAACACGACCAAGUACAGGGCGCCCGCACUGGAGCUGGAGCACACCUCGGACAUCUGCCGCGAGUCCUCCUCACUGGAUGGAGACGACGGCCUCAGGGGGAGAGGCACCAGGCACAAGAGCUGCCAGCAGUGUGGCCAGAACACUGAGGAAGACCACCAACAGGCCGACAUGGGCUUCCACAAUCUCUGUGCCCUGGGAUCAGACCACACCUGAGAAAAAACUCAGAGGGCCCCCCUGGGAAACACAUGCCUCCACACCGGUGUCUGCUGCAGGGGUCCAGGAAGCAGCCCACCCCGGGGGCCCUGUGACACCUCCAGCCGGGAUGGCUGCAUCCAGCAGCCCCGCCUCAGGAACAUUCACCCCUGGCACCCAGACUCCAAAUCCAACCAAGGCACCGGCCCCAAGAGACCCACAACAGAUAGGUGAUCUUGCUGUGGAGUGGCCUUUUACCCCCAGGGAGGAGCCUGCCCUGGUCCCAGCACCCCACCCAGCUUCAAGAUGUCCUCAGCCACUGGUCAAAGAGGUGACCAUGACAGUAGCUCCUGUCAUCCUGGUCAUCCAGAAGCUCAAUCCAUGCCUCAUGGAGCUGUGCCGCUUCUUCCAGCGAUGCUUGUGCACAAACCGGAGGAAUUCCAGGAAAGACAGCAUGAGGUACUGUCUUGGAUACUACUCCUGGUUUCUGAAGAAUGCCACGUUUAUCUGCCCCAGGGUGAAAACAGUGUCCCACUCACACACCUUAAAACAAAAAUGCCUUGAGAAUAUCUGCAAGUCUGUGUGA